UACCAAUCGUGCAUAAACAGCAAGAUGCAAAAGAAGAAAGUGACGUCGUUUCCUGUCUUGCGCAGAUGACAGGAAGACAACUAUGGCGGCGGUUGCAGAGAGAUCAACGAAAGAGCGGCUUUUUUCUGUUUUGGAUGACUUGGAGGUUUUAUCCCGGGAGCUGAUCGAGAUGUUGGCUCUGUCCCGGAGUCAAAAACUGCCCCAGCCUGGAGAGGACGUUCAGAUCCUGGAGCUGCUUGUGCAGAGAGACAGGGAGUUCCAGGACCUGAUGGAGGUGGCUCGGCAGCAGGGGAAAGUGCACCAGGAGAUGCAGCUCCUGGAGAAAGAGGUGGAGAAGAGAGACAGCGACAUCCAGCAACUCCAGAAGCAGCUGAAAGAGGCAGAACACGUCCUGGCUACUGCUGUUUACCAAGCGAAAGAGAAACUUAAAUCUAUUGACAAAGCCAGGAAAGGGAGUAUUUCAUCAGAGGAAAUCAUCAAGUAUGCUCACAGGAUCAGUGCCAGUAAUGCUGUGUGCGCACCUCUCAACUGGGUACCAGGUGAUCCACGCCGACCCUAUCCUACUGAUCUGGAAAUGCGCAGUGGGACACUGGGUCACAUGGCCAACCUGCCCACAAACGGCGUGAACGGACACUUGCCAGGUGACGCUCUGGCUGCCGGAAGGUUACCAGAUGUCCUGACACCACACUACCCCUGGCAAUCCUCGGACAUCUCUGUGGGGAUGCUUCCUCCUCACCACAGCAACGACUUCGGCCUGGAGCCUCCUGGACACAACAAGGAGAACGAGGAUGAUGUGGAGGCUAUGUCAACAGAUUCCUCCAGCAGCAGUAGUGACUCUGACUGAAAGACUAAGGGGUUAAAGUUGGAGGUUACCACUGAGAAGCACAAGGUCUGGUUUCUUCAUCUGUCAUUAAAAAUUCACAUAAGACUAAAUAGACAAGCAGGUGGAAAGAAAUAGAUUAUUAACAGGUCCACUUGUGAUCAAUGCAACAUCAUUGUGGUGCCUAAGCUGUCCUCCUUCGUAAACUGCACCAUGACCUUAUUUAUUUUUUGUGAGAAACAUCAUCAUAGUUCAUUAUUUGUGACUGUUUUAAGUAAGUAUUAUUGUUUUGUUAGUUGGUGGAGAACUGGUUAAAAGUGUCUCAAUUAUUUCAACCUAAAUUCACAGAAACACAAGCAGUUAAUAAUUGAACCAAUAUUUCUGUUGCACAAAAUAUGUGCUGGAAUUCUCCCAGUAGGUCUGUUUGUACUGAAUGUACAGAGUCUCAUGGGGGGUCAUGUUUGGCAGAGAGCCUGUAUCAGGUUUUACAGGAGCAGUUUCACAUUAAUAAAUAUGCGUUGUUCUUUUCUAAUAAUUAACUGGACUGUUGUGUCUAAGCUACUGCUGUAGAUUUUAUCACCAGUUUGAUAAUUAUUUCUUAUGUCAUUGUUGAAUUGUUGCUCUACCCCGUUUUUGUCCAAUACUUGCAGCUUAACAGACCGAAUGAAGUUCUCAUUUAAAGUUAUGGAGUAUUGCUUGUCUCCAGUCUCUUUGCUGAACUAACCAGCUGCUGUCUCUAGUCAUGGCAUGAGACUGGGAGCAUUUCAUCUGCUCCUGUUUCAGCCUGUCAAAGAUUUCUGGAAGACAAACCAAUUGUGGCAUCUCUUGCUCUGUGGGGACCUGUUUCAAACGGUACAUUAUUUGUGUGACUUUAUUGUCACAUGGUUGUUUUACUGGUUGUAACAUUAUGGACAAACAUUUAAUGCAUAAUAUAAUACCCGUGUCCAAAUACUUCUGUACAUAUGUAGCCUUUUAAAUAAACAGCUUUUUGAACAGACCUGUUGCUGUAAACCUGUGACUGUCUAAUGCUAUAUGCUAUAGCCCACAUAACCAAGGCAAACACUUCGUGUGCUAACUUACUAGAUAAUAGGCUUUUCACUCUUAAUUUUAGACAUGUAGUGUACAGAAAGGUUACUACCGAUAAUAACAACCGAGAUUUUUAACAGUGUGUUUGGGUAAAUGACCGUAGAUUGUUUAACUUUCUGUUGGUAACAGUGAUGCGUUCACCAUCAGUAUGUAAAUUCCGAGUGCCAAUGACGCCGAACAAUGCUUCCCCUAAGACCCGCUUUUAAAGUCUUAGUAGUUCUAUUUAGUAGGUAAAUAGAACUGCUGUAAUGGUAAUGGUAAUAAAAACACACACACA